AGCAGCUGUGCUGGUAUCAAUGCAAUGCUCUCAUCUCCGCUGUUUCUGUCAUUGAAGCUACACUUCCAGCUCUCAAACCCGUGGUGAUCUCCCUGCUUGUAGGAGGAGAAGAGCCCUGGAUCCCAGGUGGGCGUAGCCCUGAGGCCAUGGCAGGAGACCUCAGCCCAGGAGGUGGUGGGAUCACAAAUACCAAGGAGGACCUGCAGAAAAGUGGUGUGACCGAAAGGCAGUGGGGUAGUGCCUCCGUGGAAGAAAUUGGAAGGGAUGUCCGUGUGGGCUUUGAGCAAGCCGAGCACUUCAAGAAGCCACUGGGAAAGCACCUGGGAAAGACAGCACGGAACCCGCUGGACUUCAGAGCAGGUGAAAAUCAGCCUGAAGAACCUAGGAACAGGGAAGUAUGCCAGAAGAAAAAACAGAACUCAAGAAAUGAGUAUGUGAAACGCGUUAAAAAUUCCAGACUUGUGAACAAGCAGCACAUACACUCAGGGGAGAGACUGUAUAAGUGCUCUGACUGUGGUAAGAGAUUCAAAUGGAGAGCCCACCUUACAAUACACCAGCGCAUCCACACAGGAGAGAGACCGUUUAAGUGCUCUGAGUGUGGGAAGACCUUCAAAAACAGUUCCACCCUUUACUACCACCAGCGCAUCCACACAGGAGAGAGACCCUUCAAGUGCUCUGAGUGCUGUAAGAACUUCAAAAGGAGUUCCCACCUCACCUACCACCAGCGUGUCCACACAGGGGAGAGGCCCUUUAUGUGUCCUGAAUGUGGGAAGAGCUUCAAAAGCAGUUCCAAUGUCAUCCGCCACCAGCGCAUCCACACAAGAGGGAGACCCUACAAGUGCCCUGAGUGUGGGGAGAGCUUUAGAAGCAGUUCUAGACUCAUCUCCCACAAGCAUGUCCACAGAGGAAAGAGACUGUAGAAGUGUGUUGUGGUUUAACCCAGCAGGCGGCUCAGCACCACAGAGUCCUUUGCUCACUCAUACCCUUCCCCGUGAGCUGGGGGAGAGAAUAAAAAAAAAAAAAAAUAUUAGUAGAAUUUGUGAGUGGAGAUAAA